AGUUGAUCACGUGACCGUCCAUAUGAUAAUAUUCACAUGAUCCGAAAUCUUUUAUCCGAGGGGGCCCUCAAAGAGUGAGUUUUCCCUCUGAUGCAGCUUCAAGCAGUGGAUUAAUCUUAUUUCUCCAGUCUCUGUAGACGACAGUACGCCUCGCUGCUUGACAUAGACUCCUUUUAGCACCAGGCUGUACCCACACGCAGAGGUAGUAGACAGGAAAGCCCCUCGUUAUUAUGUUAUCAGUUGUUGUUCUCGUCGUUGCUCUCAUUUCUCAGACAGCUGCUCGGUAUACCGCGGACUGGAAGAGUUUGGACUCCAGGCCCCUGCCUUCAUGGUACGACCAGGCUAGAGUUGGGAUUUUCGUCCACUGGGGUGUGUAUUCUGUACCCGGCUUUGGGAGCGAGUGGUUCUGGUGGCACUGGCAGGGUCAGCGACCCCCGGACCCCAAGUAUGUGAACUUCAUGUUAAAGAACUACCCACCAGGGUUCACCUAUCCAGAGUUUGCUCCCCAGUUUCGGGCUCAAUUCUUCAACCCAAGGGAGUGGGCAGACAUAUUCAAGUCUUCAGGUGCCAAGUGAGUGUGUCUUUUCAGCCUACCUUUUCUGACAGCUUCACUCCCAGGUAUGGAAAUCAAUGUCAUGCUGAGUGACUUACUUAUUAAUAUCAUUACAGGUAUGUCGUCCUGACUGCAAAGCACCAUGAAGGAUUCACGAACUGGGGCUCCCCGAACUCCUGGAACUGGAAUUCAGUAGACACAGGUCCUCGCAGAGACCUGGUGGGGGAGCUGGGGGAGGCAGUGAGGAACAGGUGAGCCCUGAAAUUUCAUCAUUUAAAAAUGGAAAAAUGAGAAGGACUAGAUCAGCUUUUGACUUCAUCUAACACCUUCAUAUAACAGAAGUUUCAAUGUGUCAAUAAAUGCUUUAUUUUGUCAUGUAUGUAUAAAAAAAUCAAGAAAAUGUAAGAAUAUUGAGGUGUAAAAAGCUGCUGACAUGAAGAGGUAAAUGCAUGAGAGUUUUAGGACUUGUACUAUUCAUGUGACUUUUAAACUAACCCCCCUAAACCCCCCGCCCCCUCACCCCCAGACCCUGCUUUGUGAAGAUUUUGGCUGCGCUCCAGUGCUUUUAAUCUCAUACUAUUCAGUGUGAAUAAGGAAAAGAUUAGAUGGGCUAUAAAAACACAGGAGACAAAAAAAGUACCAUGAUAUCUACAACACUUGGCCUCUGUAUAACCAGUAAGCUGACAUGUUUUCUUAAAUCAGACUCCUUAAUCUCUCGCACAGUUGAACAUGUGCCUUGUCAAAGUGCUGAAGGAGCACAGACAGACCCACGGUUCUAACCCGUUUGCCUGUACAGUGGGCGGUUAAAGAUGUGUAAGAAUGUCAGAUCAUGGUGCAGCUGUUUCCCAGCACAUUUGGUAACUGUUUGGUUUGAUUUAAAAGUGAAUUAGGGAUGCAAUGAUUCACUGAAACAGGUGUUUUUAGGUGGUGUACUGGUGAUGGUAGUGCUGUGACAUUAAAAAACAGGUUCUUAUCUCUGUCCAGGUCGAUACACUUUGGACUCUACAACUCCUUGUAUGAGUGGUUUCACCCUCUGUACCUAAAGGACAAGAAAAAUGGAUUUAAGACCCAGGAGUUUGUGAUGCACAAACUACUCCCGGAGCUUUAUAACAUGGUUGUCAGGUCUGUACUGCUACAUUACUCUAUCAAACAGGUGCAAUAAAAAGAUGUUAAAUCAUGCUGUAAAAACAGACGACUCACUCUAUGUCAUUACAAACGUGGAUCUUUUUGUUGCUUUGCAGGUACAAACCAGAUCUUAUCUGGUCUGAUGGGGACUGGGAGGCACCUGACAUCUACUGGAACUCAACUGUAUUCCUAUCCUGGCUUUACAAUGAGAGCCCUGUCAAAGUAGGUUUUCAUUUUUAUUUGUUAAAUUCUAUUUCAGGGCAGUGCACAAGCAGCCUGCUCCCAAAACCAAAUAGUAGAUUAAGUUCUUGAUCACUGAAAACAAUUAAUAUAAUAAUCUUAUGAGUAAAACAGCCGGGGUAAACAAAGUAUGUAACAACAAAGAAAAGAAACUAAAUCUUCUUUAAAUACUUGUGCAAUCCUUCAUAAAACAGACCAAAUCUGAAGAGUUGAUUAUCCUGACUCUCUAAUUUCAGUUAAUUUUCAAUCCCCACUAACCCUCAACGAUUGAAACAUAAAUCUGACACUCAUGAUCCAAACAAACUCAUAACAGAUUAGGUUAAAAAGAGUUUUUGAAGGCUACAAAACCAACACAAAAAAUUGUUUAUUUUCAUCUAUGAGCUAAACACCCCCACCCCCCUGAAACUAAACUCCACAACCUUAGAUUCUCCACACCACAGAUAUUUUACCACUCAGAAACAGCCAAAAGCAGCAUUACGACUUUAGUUGUAUUUGUUUGUCAGAUUUGCUUCCGGCCCAUUUCACCAAAAAGAACUCUGAGACCUUAUGGUCAUGGUCUCCAGGGCUGAUCAAGAACCCACUGGGCAAACCUUUUGUUUCUAUAAUCUACUCAACUCCAACAGGCUGCUAGAGGAACUCGAGACAAAAUAGACUGUUGAAGUGAAGUCAAGGCUUAUUUUUCUUUGCAGUUUCUGUUUGAGUUUUUAAUGUUUAUUCCAACAAGGAUUGUCAAAGCCAUCAGUCUGGCCCUGCUUAGUUUGUUUACAAGUCUAUGUAUAACCUUUUACACUGGAGUUGAAACGAGAUUUAUGACUUAUUCUGCAUGUUUGCAUUGACUUACCAGUUUCUUUCUCUGUAUUAGGAUAAAGUUGUGACCAAUGACAGAUGGGGAGCUGGCUGCGCCUGUAAACAUGGAGGCUACUAUAACUGCGAGGACAAAUUCACACCAGGCCAAGUGCCCAAACACAAGUGGGAGAAGUGCACCUCCAUUGACACACUGUCCUGGGGUCACCGCAAGAACAUGAAAUUGAGUGAACUGAUGGACCUUCCCACUAUCAUCAAGGUAAAGACAUACUGCUACAUUGGCUGUGUCCACUUGUGUUUUUGACCCUCAAAAAUAUACAAUAAAAGGGUAAUGUCUGUUUUUUGUAAACAAAUUACAGGAUCUAAUCCGCACUGUCUCUUAUGGAGGUAACUACCUCCUGAAUGUGGGUCCCACACCUGAGGGGAUGAUCCCUCCAGUAUUCGAAGAGAGGCUUAGGGGGCUUGGAGCCUGGCUUAAGGUCAACGGCGAGGCCAUCUACAGCUCCAAACCUUGGAGGUUGCAGAAUGAGAACACCACUUCAUCAAUCUGGUAAGAAAAUGUGAGUCCACUGCAGACAUCAGUCUGUGGUGUGUUAAAUUUUGUCACUGAUAUGUCAAAGCAUUUCAGUAUAGAGGAAAGGGAUAAGUGGUGCUUUUCUAUUUACUUUGAACCCUGUUUUUUGAGAGUUAAGCAUUAGUAGCUUGAGUUAUUCUGCACUUACGUUUUGAUUUCCUCAGUCAUAUGAAAGAGUUUGACAAAGAGAGUAAAGAGUGUAUUAAGUGUUCCUGGAGAUGUGUUGUUACUUCUGUCCAAUUUCCUGAAAUUAAGAUUAAUAACUCAAUUAUGUCUUCCAUCAGGUAUACAUGUAAAGGAAACUCUGUCUAUGCCAUCAUGACGACCAAACCUCCAAAGGCCUCAGUGCAACUGCUGGAACCAAUAACAAAAGCAACCACGACGGUAAAGGAUCUUAAGAUCAUGAUGCUAAUGCUUUUUUUAUUCAGAGGUACUUGUUGCUCUUUCCAAUAUGUAGCCCUAUGAAAUGUAAUCUCUGUCUCCUGUCCAGGUGACCCUGUUGGGGAAUCCAAAGCCCUUACCCUGGUCUCCAGUCAACCCAAAUGCUGGUCUAACUGUUCUUCUGCCUGAUCUGCCUAGCAUCCCUGGUAUGGCUUGGACUCUUAAACUAGACAAUAUCCAGUGAGCCCUCGACUCCUUAAACAUUCAACCUUCACCGUGUUAAAUAUUCAGAAUGUGUUCAACUCAGGAUUUGCGUCACAUCAGUAGGUGAAGGCGAGAAGUAUGCACUUUGAUUGAAGGGCCGGCACUUUUGUAAUGAUUUAGUAUAUUAGAAACUUCUUUUCAGUGAUUUCUUUGUAGCUCCGAUGACUGAAGGUUUAACGUUUCACUGACUCUUAGUUGUGUUUAAUGGAUGUAACAGAGAUGAUUGCUUUUUCAUGUGUUUUGUUUGAAAUGAGAAAAUUGACAUACAAAGCACAAUUUAUUUUUUUACUGAAUGCUUUUAAAUAAUCGAAUAAAAGAUGAUUUAACAUGAA